CCGCCGCCGCCUCUUCCACCAUGCCCCGUCCGGGCCGCAACACGUACAGCGACCAGAAGCCGCCCUACUCGUACAUCUCGCUGACCGCCAUGGCCAUCCAGAGCUCGGCCGAGAAGAUGCUGCCGCUGAGCGAGAUCUACAAGUUCAUCAUGGAGCGCUUCCCCUACUACCGGGAAAACACGCAGCGCUGGCAGAACUCGCUGCGCCACAACCUCUCCUUCAACGACUGCUUCAUCAAGAUCCCGCGCAGGCCGGACCAGCCGGGCAAGGGCAGCUUCUGGGCGCUGCAUCCCAGCUGCGGGGACAUGUUCGAGAACGGCAGCUUCCUGCGGCGCCGCAAGCGCUUCAAGGUGCUCAAGGCCGACCCGCUGGCGCCCUCCAAGCCGCCCCCCGAGGCCGCCCACUACCUGCAGGCCCAGGCCAAGCUGCGCCUGGGCGCCCUGGCCGCCGCCGCCGCCGCCGCGCCCCUCGGCCCCUACGGCCUGCCCGUCCCGCCGCCCUCGGGCUUCAAGCACCCCUUCGCCAUCGAGAACAUCAUCGCCCGCGAGUACAAGAUGCCCGGGCCGGGCGGGGGCGGCGGCGGGGGCGGCGGGGCGCUGCCUUUCUCCGCCAUGCCGCCCGGCCCAGCCGCCUACCCGCUGCCCAACCAGCUGCCCCCCGCCUGGCCCCACGUCUACGGCUCCGCCGGCAUGCUGGACCCGGCCGCCCCCAUCGCGGUGGCCGGCGGGGACUACGCGGCCGCCGCCGCCGCCGCCGCCGCCGCUGCCGCCUACGGGAUGCCGCUGAAGCCGCUGUGCCACGGCGGGCAGACGCUGCCGGCCAUCCCGGUGCCCAUCAAGGCCACGCCGGCCGCCACCGUCCCGGCCUUGCCCGCCCUGCUGCCCAGCUCGCCGCCCUCGCUCAGCCCGCCCUCCACGCAGACGGCGCCCAGCCAAGGCAGCCCCGCCACCCCCAGCGAGACGCUCACCGGGCCGCCCUCCGUCCUGCACGCCGUGGUGGCGGUCCACUGACCCCGGCCGGCGCCGCCCUCCGCCCAGGAACCAGCGGCGGGGCGGGGCGGGGCGGCCGGCCUCCGGAGGGAGCAUCCAGGCG